AAAGGCCACCGACUUCUGUUUGCUGGAGUCAUAUCGAGUUAUAAUAAUCAAUCAAAUACACGCAGACAAUCUUCUUGUGAAUAACAAAACAACCGAAGGUAUUAUUUAUGGGUGGCAUUUUCAGUCUAUUUUCUCGCUUAUUUGGGAAUAAGGAACGCAGAAUUCUCAUCUUAGGCUUAGAUGGAGCUGGAAAGACAACAAUUCUGUAUAGAUUACAGGUUGGCGAAGUAGUGACAACUAUUCCAACCAUUGGAUUUAACGUGGAAACUGUAGUUCACAAGAAUCUGAAAUUUCAAGUAUGGGAUUUAGGCGGUCAGACGAGUAUUCGACCGUAUUGGCGAUGUUAUUAUUCAAAUACAGAUGCUAUUAUCUAUGUGGUUGAUAGUAUGGAUCGUGAUAGAGUGGGUAUUUCAAAGCAAGAAUUAUUCUCAAUGCUUGAAGAAGAAGAACUUCGUGGAGCUGUACUUGUAAUAUUGGCUAAUAAACAAGAUAUCCCAGGAUGUAUGACUAUCAGUGAAGUAGCUCAAUCGCUUGGUUUAGCUGCUAUUAAAAAUCGACGAUAUCAAUUGUUUAAAACAUCUGCACUAAAAGGUGAAGGUUUAGAGGAAGCUAUGGAUUGGCUGUCGAAUACUUUAUGUGGACAAAAGUAAAAAUUCCCCACCAAAGAUAUUCAUUUAUUAUCACCGCAAAACCAGCUGCGCUUUCUCAAGCUAUCUAUUAUCACUGAUUCAAUCUUCCACACAGCAGUAGUAUGUAUGCCUGCCAACAUUCAUUUUGUAAAUGUUCUUCUUUUCCUGUCGUCUACGCCACCACAGGCUAAGUUUGUUUUUUAUCUUGAACUGUCUGUUCUUGUAUCCAGCACAAUUGUACAAUAAAUUAACUAAUCUGUCUGUGAUAUGCUUAUUGUGAGUUCAUAUUUUUAAUCUUACAAAUAAUAUUGAUUACUUACACCAUACCUUGCUAUACACUUCCUUUGUCUUGACGACUUCCAGUGUACUCCUGUUCUUAUAUAUACACUUACUGUUGUACAACAAUAUGUUGUUUUUUUUCUGUAGGAUUUGGUGAAGCAUAUACAACUUAAGGCGCGUACAUUCAGAUUGAAAUAGUACUAUUAAUUAUAACAAUCUCUCUCUCUCUUUCUGAUUGUCUGUUAUCUUAAAUUCAAAUCGCAUCACUCUCACAAUCAAUCGGUCAAUAAAUUCCUUCCUUUGGAUUGUAGAUAUUUUUGUGUAUGCUUGACUCUCUUGUGAAUUUCAACUAAUUGGUAUUUCUGAUAAAAAAUAAUUCAAACGUAUUCUAUGCUCAUUUUUUAAAAAUGUCUCUUUG